AUGGUCUGCCACAGCCAGCAGGCGAUCACGUUCCAAAGGAUGAAGGAGGCAGCGUACCAGCCCUUUGACAUGUCCAACACCCUCGUAGCUGGGAGGAAGCUGGAGGCGAUCAGGAGGAGGUUCGACCCCUACAGGGGGUCCGAGCCGCAGAGGAGAAGGAUGUACCUGCAGGAGAUCUUCUCCAAGUUUGUGCAGGCCCUCCCCUCCAAAUCCCGCGCAUCCUUCCUCCUCCUUCUCCGGCAGUACAACGCCUCCUCCAUCCCCCCCGAGGACUUCGUGCUUGGGGUGCAGCAGCUCGUGGACCAGCACAGCAUCUGCAUCCCCCUCAAGUACAAGCCCGAGUACCUCAUCCGCUCCUCCCCUCCUCCUGUCAACCGCGCCUGCAGCCAGGGCAGCAUGCGAGGCAGCGCCCAACAGGAGGAGGCGGCAAAGAAGCAGAGCAAAGCGUUCCGAGCUCGGAGGCCCCAGCAGCCGCUCAGCAGGACGAUCCUGCCAGCAGUGGCCGAGGAUCAGCUCAAGUCUGCGCAUGCUCCGUCUGCCUCCUCCUCCUCCUCCUCCUCCUCCUCCUCCUCGGGGCUCUCGAAGUUCCUCACCGACAAGGUCGCCUCAUCCUGCUCCUCCGUCGUCAUCCGCGUCCUCUACAACUCAUCAGCUCAGAGCCAGCAGGACAAGUUUGCGUGCUCCAAGAAGGAGGGGAGUAGAGAAAUCCUCAUCUUCGGCCUCUUCUCGCACGAGUAUGACGAUCUCUGCCCUCGCGAUGUUAGCAGAAGGACCUACAUCGACUGCGUAGAUUCCAUCCCUCUGCUCGAAAACGAGACCAUCGAAGAGCGUCAGUCGGUUCUCUCAGCCAUCCUAUAUGGAUACAUCGAGUAUCUGAGCAAACGGUCAUAUCUUCAAUCCAAGGACGCCUUCAAUCCGAACAGAAGCCACCAUUCGGAUGAGCUGUUGGUACAAGAGGCUUCUGGAAGGAGCAAAGUUCACGUCCUUCCUGCUGAAGUCGCUCAUAUCGAAUGUCAACAUCCCACAAGCAUGCAGGACCAACCUGCACAUCCAAGAUUCUUCGCAGCGGACUUGUUCUCCGCGGGGAACUUUGCUGGAGAUGUGGACCCUCUGCUAUACAAUCAAGUCUUUAGCGACAGAAAGAGCUUCACGAGCUUUUGCGAUCAGCAGAACCUCAGCUUUACCACCACUGCGCUGGCGCAGUCGAGCACAGAGUUUCUCAUGAGCUCUCUCCAGGCCUUCAAGGGGAUGGGAGAGAUUCAGAGCAGCGUCAGCGUCUUGCGUCCUCCUCCCCUCGAGGCUCCGACGGUCGUCAAGGAGGAGGCGACCGAUAGGCCGCGAAUGGACCUGCCGCAAGUGUAUGUCGGGGAGGCGUUAUUCAUGCCGAGGGAGAGGACGGGAGAAGAGCGGAAGGAGGAGGAGGAGGAGUCGAUGAGAUAUUGCGCGGCGAGCAUGAGCUUGUUUCAAGAUCACGGGACAUUCCUCGAGGACGAAGAGGGGGACUUGUUCGCCGACAGCUUCUUUCUCAAAUUCUGA